AUUCGAUGCUGCCCUGAAAUGGGAUUGUUGUGCAGGAUCAAAGCAUUCAAUUGUUUUCUGGUUUUGUUAUGUACCUUGUUUUGCCUUUCUGGAUAUGGGUUGUGCGCGACACAUGCAAGGCCAAAUUUGCCGGAAUAUGAUGCCUGUGUGUCUUCGGGGAAAAAUUGCGAUUUGGGUUUUUCGGAUACUGUUGUCGGUGGCGGUAAUUUAGGUUCGGCAUCAACUUCAAUCCGCAACAGUUUUCAAAAUGUGUGUCCGGACACACAUUCGUUCUGUGUUCCUUUGACGAUAUAUGGAUUCAACGAUGAAGAGAAAAGUCUUAAAGCAGCUUCUCUCGGAGUUUCUGGUAGACAGUGCGAUGGUCCGUUUUGUGGAUUAAGUCAAGAUAGCGAGGUGACAAGUAGUGUGAAAGACUUAUUGCUAUCACCUAAUACUGUUACUCAUGUUGGCAUUAUUUAUUGUAGUAAUCUGCGCACUGAUUUAUAUAAUUUAUCGCCUGAAGUAUCCAACUUGCAAGAGAACUGCAAACUGGUUAUUUUUACUAAUGACACAACUAGUCCCCAGGUUGAGAUUCCGUGUGAAGACGCACUGCAUGUUUGUUUCGAGCAUCAAAGGCUCUCAUUCGAAGAAAUCAAAGACAAAACCAAGCUUGUUAGUUCUGGUAGUACAAGGGCUGAGUAUGUGGUCAGAAAAAUGGGAUUGCCACCAAAUGUCAAGGUUACUGAGACAACCGAUGUAGAUGAAUUAGUUAAUGGAAACUGGAUGUCUCAAGGAACCACUGAUGCUAUGUCCGUGCUUGUUGACGAUGAGGUGCUAUUCCCAAUGGUUCAAGUUGGAAGUUAUGUCUCAAGGUGGAUCACUGUAAAGAAUCCUAGCCAUCAUCCAGUUACGAUGAAGCUUAUCUUAAACACAGAAGAGAUAAUUGAUGAUUGCAGGGGUCUGGAUGAUAUAUUUCCCAAUUUUUCAUCUGGUAAUUUAGUUAUAGAUGAAGUUAUUUCUGCUGCAAAGUAUGGAUUCUCAGUGCCAGGGAGUGCAGUAACAGAGGCUUAUGUGCAUCCUAAUGAUUAUGCAACUUUAGGGCCGAUACAUUUUUAUCCAUCCAAGCGAUGUGGAUGGAAUGGUUCAGCGUUGAUCAAAAACAAUCUUACCGGUGUUGAGUCGAUACCUUUAAGGGGCAUUGGAGGGCUGAGUUCCCUAGCUUUACUUGAGAGGUCUGAGCAUGUUCAGAGUAUAAGUUUUGAUCUUAAACUGCACAAUCUCCUCAGUUUCUCUCUUUCGUAUUCCUUGCUUCACAUGAAAGACAUGGUUUCUGCCUGCUCACAGCCUUUAGUGAAAGAGAUAUAUGCCAAGAACACGGGGGAUUUGCCAUUGGAGGUGAAGACAAUGAGAGUCUCUGGGAGAGAAUGUGGAUUGGAUGGUUUUAAGAUUCAUGAUUGUAAAGGUUUUGCUCUUGAUCCUGGGGAGUCGAUAAAGUUACAGAUAUCAUACCAAACUGAUUUUUCUGCAGCAAAGGUACAUCGGGAUCUUGAACUUGCUUUGGCCUCUGGCAUUUUUCUAAUACCCAUGAAGGCAAGUGUCCCUUAUGGUGUGUUGUGUAACUGUAAGAAAUUCAUGUUUUGGGUGCGAGUAAAAAAAUGGUUGCUCGGAUUCAUUCUUGUUGCAUCCUUAUUUUUUAUGGUGUCCCUGGAUUACUUGUGCAAGAAUGAUAAUAACUCCAUCCACAUCACCUUACAACAUGAUGCGAAAACCCCUCUAGUUCCUUGUAGUAAUCAGAGAAAGGAUAAGUUAUCUGUGUCUGAUAAGACACCUAAUAUGUUUUGUUCGGUUCGAAAAGGCCCAACCUCGACAAUGCGAGCCACCUGUGUCAGAUAUUCGUAUGAUCUACGCAAAACCUCUGACCAGGAAAUAUCUCAACAUUUGACGCAGGAUUCAGAAAACCAUAAACAGACUAGUCUUUUGUUUGAUACUACAAAGAAAGGAAAGUCACCAACCACUGCAGUUCAGAGCUCUGAUGCUGUGAAGCCAUCUCAAGAGACUGUGAAGCCAUCUCAAGAGGUUGUGAAGCCAUCUCAAGAGGGUGAACUAAAAGUCAAAAUUGGAAAAGAAAAGACUAGAAGACGGAAAAAGAAGAACUCUGGUGCAAAGUUAACUGCAAUGUCUGAAGUUUCAAGCAGCCGAAGUGGAAAUUCUACACCCUCACCACCCUCCUCCCCCGUGGCCCCUGCAUCAACCAAAUCUAGCUGUCCAUUGUCUCCUGAUGUGAAGCAACCCUCCAUUCAACCUCACAGUGUAAAAACUCCGGAGACUGCCCGACAUCCUAAAAAUUCCCAAGUUUCUGCAUCUGCUGCUAAAGCAAAUACAUCGAAGACCAGGGUUCCAGUUAAGUCUGUCAAUAACAACAUUUCUUCUCCUAAAGUUUGGCAUUCACCUUCAACAAGUGAUGCUAGUACACCCUUUAAGAUGUUUGGUGCUCCUCCCAUGCCUAGUAUACCUUCUCCUCCAUCCUUGGUGUCAACAUCUAGUGUCAGCUUAAGUUGCCGUGCUCCAGGAUCGAAACUUGACAAGCAAGCUACUGUUUCAGCACCAAAAAAUGCAGAACUUGCAGAAGAGUAUAUAUAUGAUAUCUGGGGUGGCCAUCUUUCAGGGAUUCAUUUGUUAGAUCCAAAAGAUGUUACUUGUAUGAAAUCUUGUCCUGCUGAAAAGAACUUCAACAGCUUCUUUGUUGGAGAUCCACAGGCAAUAAAGUAAUAAAAAUGGCUAUUAAGAUAAAAAAAAAAAAAAAAAACAAAAUUCUCAUGCAUUUUUUUGACUUGCA